AUGGAAAUGAAGCAAGUACGAAAUGCCAUGGAACUGCUUGAAGGAAUGUUGAAAGGUAAGAAAUUCUUUGGAGGUGAGACAGUAGGGUUCCUAGACAUCACCUUCGGUUGGAUAGCUAUAUGGUUGGACUUGAGAGCCAUUGAAGAAGUUGCUCAUGUAGAGUUCUUCAACCCUGUCAAAUACCCACUCCUUGAAAUUAGAAGAACAAAUUCAAAGAGUUUCAUGUCAUCAAAGAUAGCUUUUACGUACCCCAAGGAAAAGUUGGUUCGCUUCUUUAAAAAGUACCAUCGUCAAUGUUCACUGCUAAAAUGA